AGCGAGGAGAGGCACCGCUGCCGCUGCUAUCAGCGAGUCCUCACUGGCAUGGACCCCGGAGGAGAGCGCUGACUAUCCCGGAACCAUGCCUACUGUCCUCGGCGACAAAGGGAAACUUUCCAUCGUCUGUUUUCUGAUCAGAUGCGCAUAUUCUCAGGUAACAAGAAGCCAACACAUCAUCUGUGCCAAAGAUAUUCUGGAGGACAUGACUCAGUCCUGGACGUCCCAGCAUGCCUUAGGGGGAGACCAGGCCCAACACAUCCUCUACAACCCUAAGGAAGCAAAACUACCGACUGCACAACAAAGACAAAGUCGGGGGGAUGUGCAGCUUCGAGUGACCCAUCACCCUCGUGUGGCACCUCACAAAUCCAUGCUUGUGAAUGACCUGAAGCUGAGCAGUGAUGAAGAUGACACUCAAAGGGCAACUCAUGAGUCAGCUGCUCCCUGGGACGGACACAGCCUGUCAGCACAUCGAGCACACACACAUGGCAGGAGGGUGAGACAUUCCAGCUCUGACUCUUCAGGCUCGGACUCCAGCGCAGAGUCGUGCAGCAGCAGCAGCAGCAGCAGCAGCCUUCACUCCCGCAGCCGGAGCCCGGACCCUCACCCAGACCCUGCAUCCCCUCCACCCUGCAACAACACAGAGACUGAUCACCCCCCUGCGGCUCAGUGGCAGUUGGAUAAAUGGCUGAAGAAGUCCCGGAAAAAAUCCACCAGCAGUGACCAGGAUCCUUCCCAGAUCAUCCCAGGACGCCUUCCUUCUCUUCCCAACAACAGAGCCCCAUCUCCAGCCCGGUCCUGGGACACCGAUCGGGAUUACAGCCCCAGCCAGAGCCCUAUCCCCAGCCCACAGUUCAACUACAGCCACAACAACCUCAGCCCGGGUUACAGCUUCUGCCCGAGCCCCAGUCCGUUCCCCAGCACCUGCCCGAGUCCCAGCCCGAGCCCGGGACCCAGUCCCAUCCCCAGUCCGGUCCCGAGUGUUUGCCCCAGUCCGUGUGGGAGCACUAGAGCCAGUCGAAGCCCGAGCCCGAUACCAAGAGACCCUCCAAGGAGCCCCAGUCCGAGCCUACCUGCUCCUUCCAGGGUCCGACACUACCCCGGGGUUCAGACGACACAACCUAGCCUUACGACCAAUCACCACAGGACGAAAAGCAGGCCAUGGAUUACCCCAUUGCCUAACAGUGACACCAAGAGCAAGCCUACAACCAGCACUCAUCUUCAUCAGCACCGGCCAAAGACUCGACCUCCGCAGGAGCAAGAGCAAAGCAAUCUAAAGACUUCUCAGAUUCACAGCCACAAAUCUAGACACAAGCCGAACUCGCAUCCAAGUUUAAAGCAGAUUUCCGAGGCUCCCAAAGCCAAACACACGUCUCAUUUUGAACAAACUCAGGGUAGUAGAUCCAACCACAAAUCCAGCCACAAGCCCAGGCCUUCGUUUCAGUCUAGCUUGCAACAUAGCACCACAACAGCAAAGCACUUAGCCCCCGGAAGUCGUGAAACCAACUCUGGUCACAGUUCUCAUUCCCAAUCUACCUCUAAAGCUGCUACUAAUCCCACUACUGGGUUAAACUCUAGAUCAAAUCCGAGCAUAAAACCAAGAGCCAAGUCCUCAGAGGCCCCAGCUCCUGUGCAUGUUAACCAAACAAAACCAACGCAGAAGAAAGCUCAGUGUAAGGAUCAGGCGGUGGAGCACAGAGGAGAUCAUUUGAGCCAAGCUGAGGGGAGAAAACACGAGAGAAAAGAGGACAGACAUCGGGAACAAAAGCAAGGGAAACAGGAGAGAAAGGAAGACAGGAGGCUGGCGGAGGAGCAGCUACUGAGACGUCCCUGGAUCCACAGUUCAGCUGAAGAAGAGGAGGAGGAAGAGGAGGUGAUAGUGAUAGAGAGUAGGAGAGAGGAAAGAGGGGAAAACAGGAGGAGGAGAGAGCAGCAACAACGACGCGAAUGGCAAACCAAACACAGAGUGCCCACAAAUACCACGCAACAACGACAUCAGGACUACUCACACAGGACAAACAAGGGAGGAAGAAGUGAGGAAGAGAGGGAGUUAUCACCGCCUCCAUCCCGUUCCCCAUCUCCUCACAAAGUAUACUCCUCCUCCUCUUCCAAUUCUGAGUCUGAGUCUGAACAUCAGGCUCCCAUCACUAAAGUCCAAGCAGACUCCACCUCUCACAGGAAACUCCCCCAGAGAGGAGGCAGGUCGGAGGGUGACAGGCCGAAGGUGGUGCAGCCCACCGCAGGUCACCCAGGUGAGGGGGGGCAGAAGCUCUACACCCUGGUGCCGUUUGGGCGGAGCGAACAAGCUACAGCGCCUUCCCAAAGAGGGCUGAGGAACCUGGUGGUGCACAUAGACCUGUGUCUGCUGAAAAGAGUCCCGGACAGCACCACUACUUCCCCGGUGAAAAAACCCUCCGCCUCUUCCUCCGCCUCUUCGGCCACUAAGGACAAGCAGAGAGGGGCGAUGAAACACCUGUGCCUCCCCGAGGCUGCGUCGAAAGACAGCAAAAGGAAACGCAAGCUGGAGAAUGGCGUGUCACACAGAGAAAGCAAGAGGAGUCUUCCUCAUGCAAACGACCCGUCAGGACACACAGAGCCUUCAAGUCUCACAGCCGAGCGCAACUUCGUGACUGAGACUUUGCACAAUGGGUACUUGGAGGAGUACAUGGACAACAAGAGGCCGUUGUCUCCUCUGUCUCCGCUGUCCGACGGCCCUGAGACCACCAAGCCCCCCGCCAAAACAAAGACUUCCGAGCAGCUCCAUGUCCACAAGAACAGAGACAAGAAUAGAGAUUCUGCUUUAAAGCCCAAGAUGGAGGUGGAAUGUGUCAAAGUGUUGAGACAGCCCCAACCACCUGAGUCCUGGGGCCCUGCAGGGCACAGAGGGGCCGUGCCAAACAACGAAACUCCGCACCAUGCUGAGUACUACUUGCAUGAAGCCAAGAGGAUGAAGCACCGUGCCGACGCAAUGGUGGACAAGCUGGGGAAGGCUGUGAAUUACGUGGACGCCGCUCUGUCCUUCAUGGAAUGUGGGAAAGCGAUGGAGGAAGGGCCGCUCGAGGCAAAGUCUCCCUACACCAUGUACUCAGAAACCGUGGAGCUUAUCAGGUACGCCAUGAGGCUGAAGGGCCACUCUGGGCCCGGGGCGAGACACGAGGACAAACAGCUGGCGGUGCUUUGUUUCCGAUGCCUUGCACUUCUUUACUGGCAAAUGUUUCGUUUAAAGAAGGACCAUGCACUGAAAUACUCCAAAGUUCUGCUGGACUACUUUAAGGUAGGCUAUAGCUCUCCCAAAGUGCCUUCUACACCCCCACCCAGUUGGAGUGACUCUGGGAAGGGAGCAGGAGGACCCCCUGAUUCACUCUCACCCAACAGCAAACACCUGAGCCGGGGGUCAAACGGGGGCAGCGCCUUCCCCUCUCACAUCAGCAUCCCCCAGCGCAUCCACCAGAUGGCAGCCAACCACCUGAACAUCACCAACAGCGUGCUGUACAGCUACGAGUACUGGGAGGUGGCCGACAACCUGGCAAAGGAGAAUAAAGAGUUCUUCAACUACUUGAAUACGUUGUCUGGGCCUUUGACUCUUCACAGUAGCAUCGCUCAUGCAGUCCAAUACACCAGACAGGCUCUGCAGUGGAUACGCAUUAGUGCCAAACUUAACUGACAAGGAGAGGAUUUACUGUAACCUGCACACGGCCUCACAGAAGAGACGAGACUCUGGAUCUUUAUGCAGCCGACCGGACAGCACUGAUGCCUCCUGAGCGAGUUGGAGCUGGAGGAGGAAAUGUCAUGGAGCCUGAGAUCAUCCUCAUAGGAUGUUGGAUUGCGUACUGUGUGCAAAGGAGCAAGCUUUUAACUUCUCCCAGAUGAACUACGAGCACCUUCUGCCUCAUUAUUGGAUUCAUCGGAAGAGCUGUGUCAUAAAUGAAGUCUCUAAUUAUUUGCCAAAUGUCCAACGUUGACGGAAACAGGACUCCACAUUUGUUUGUGAAAUUCCACUUGUGAGGCCUUUUUCAUACUUUGGAAUUAAUCAUUAUCCAGCAGACUGUUUAUCUCGGAGCCAAAAAGAAAGGAGAAGUUGUCAAAAAGAAAAAAGACCAAAUUAAUCACAUACCACUUUCUCCAAAGUGGGAAACUUGUCUCCAUCUUUUUAUAAUGAAGGUUUUAAUGACUCUCUUUUUAAGUCUCGGAUAUUUUCACUUUUAUGUGUUUUUUUUACCGUGCAAUAUCUGUUUUUAUAAAGAAAAGAAAUAAGGAAAAUGUUCUUUUGUGAGUCCGUUCAAGGUUCAUUUUAUGCACAUUGUAUUUUUGUCCUUGUUUUGAGUGUGAGGUUAUAUAAUUUAAUGAAUAAUUGGGUUGAAGAGGUUGCUCACUCAAGUGUAUUGUCUUGUCCCCAGCUUCUGCCAGCAUGAAUGCCACAGGUAACAAAACACCAACAUGGAGUUGAUAAUCCUUUUCCUCUUUUCCAUGUUUUAACUGAAGGAUUACAAUGUCAUCUGUGGGUCAAGAUAUUCUCCAAAUCUUCAGCUUAUGAAACCCUCCUUAAAUCAUGGUGUUCUGCUUUCCCCUUGUGCCUGACAAUCAAACUGAAUUGCUCUUUAAAUGUCAUCAGUUUUAAGUUAUUUGAAUUGCUCAACAAAUAAAACAUGUGGGCAGUUAUUCUGAGCUAUC